CUAGCAUUGUUUCUCCUGGUCUACAGUCUGCUACUGCUCCUUCUCCCGUCCCAAUCUACCAACUGUGGCCAUCUCUCAUAUGAUGAGCUGAACUGAACUUCUGUGAAAGUCUUCCAAUGUCCUUAACUCGCAGAAUCAUCCCAUCCCUCGUUCGUGUCCCAACGAAGAAUCCCAUCCGGUUCCUUGUCCCCAAUCUUUACUCUGCUUUAGCUGAAUCCGCAGUCCAGUCUGAUUCAAAGAAAAAAUCGGAUGAAAUCGUCAAUUCGAUAUGUAACUCGUUCCGGAGAGGAUGGAAUUGGGAUACCCUGAAGCAAAAAUUCGAUCUUUUGGCGUUAAACGACUCGAUGGUGAGGGAAGUCCUCCUCCAAUUGAGGGAACCAGCUGAUGCACGAUGUGCCCUGGGGUUCUUCCACUGGGCGGCCAAGGUGAAGAGCUUCGACCACGGGGUUCACUCUUAUUGCCUCGUUAUUCACAUCCUAGUCGGAGCUCAGCUCGUUAGGGAUGCCAAAGUGUUGAUAGAAUCAGUUCUGAGGAGAAGUGCUGAGAUAUCGGAUUCGAAGCUGUUGGUUGUUGAAUUUCUGCUCGGAAGCUACGAGGUUUCCUCGUCGAAACUGUUGGUGUUCGAUUUGCUCGUGCAGGGUUAUGCUAAGUUGAGGAUGGCCGAAACCGGGUUCGAGGUUUCUCGUUAUUUGGAGGGACACGGGUUUCGUUUAAGUCUCGCGAGUUACAACAGUUUGCUUCAUGUUACUCAGACUCAGAGGUCUGAUCGGAGUGACGGUCUGAUUUGGAGGAUUUACGAGCAUAUGAUCGAAAAGAGAAUCUACCCGAAUCAACAAACUAUCAGGAUCCUGAUCAGUGCUUUGUGCAAAGAAGGACAAAUGCAGAGGUCUGUGGAUUUCUUGGACCGAAUCCACGGGAAGAGGUGUGCUCCUGCUGUGAUCGUCAAUGCUACCUUAGUUUAUCGGGUUUUGGACGCGGGAAGAAUUGUGGAAGGUAUGGCUCUGUUGAAGAGGAUGCUGCAGAGGAACAUGAUCUUCGAUACCGUUGCCUACUCUUUGACCAUCUACGCGAAGGUGAAGUCGGGAGAUAUAGAUGCCGCAUGGGACAUACAUGAGGAAAUGAUCAGGAGAGGAUUCAACGCGAAUGCCUUUGUGUACACUGCUUUCAUAGGAGCGUAUUGCAGGGAUAAGCGAAUUGAAGAAUCGGAUCGAUUGAUGAGAGAGAUGGAGGACAUGGGUUUGAGUCCCUACGAUGAGACGUACAAUCUUCUCGUUGAUGGCUUGGCUAUGGUGGGGAGAGUCGAGGAGAGCUUGCAGUACUGCAGGAAAAUGAUGGAGAGGGGACUGGUUCCGACCUGUUUGGCUUUCAAUAAGUUGGUGGCGAAGCUUUGCGAAGUAGGGCAUGUGAAGGCGGCCAAUGAGACGUUCACCAUUCUGUUGGAGAAAGGUUUUGUACCAGAUGAAGUCGUGUACUCUCUUCUACUUUCCGGCUACGGAAGGAUAGGCGAAGGGGAGGAAGUUCUCAAGCUUUAUUACGAAAUGGAGUACAAAGGGCUGUCUCGAACACCACUAGUUCUCUCGUCGUUGAUCGAGAGCUUGUGUUGGUGUGGGAAACUCGGUGAAGCUGAGAAGUAUCUGAGAACUAUGGAUGAUUGCUCUGCAACCAGAAAAUAAGAACCUUCAUGAGAUGCUCAUCAGAAGCUACUCAAAAAUUUCCAAUCAGAUGGUCUCCAGAGGUUGAGGCAUCGCAUCGCAUCGCCUUCUGGUCCUCCUCGCACUGAUGCAGAAUGUCACAAAAGGAGAAGAAAGAGUUCUUUGUUCGUAAAUCUGUUCGGGAAGGAAAUAAUUCUUUUGGGCCGAAGAUUGACGAUCACUUGAACAUGUCAUAAGUGAUUGUCCAGAUGGUUGUAACUUGUAAUAAUCAGGAUGAGGUCAGGAACAAGUAAUCAGAAGCUGAGUUUGCAACCUCUUUCGUACCCGAAACAAGACAAUUCUGCAACUAUGAGCAAAUAUCUCCAGACGGAAAUGAAUCAAUAGAAUUACAAAA